UUUUAUUGUUUCUCCAGAGAUAGACAAUUAGCAAUGGUGUCACUGAGGCUGCAGAAAAGGCUAGCUGCUAGUUUAUUGAGAUGUGGUGAAGGAAAACUGUGGCUUGAUCCCAAUGAAACCUGUGAAAUAUCCAUGGCCAAUUCUAGGAUGAACAUAAGAAAGCUGAUACAGGAUGGUUUCAUCAUUAGAAAACCAGCAACAACCCAUUCAAGAUCACAGGCAAGGCGGAUGCAGGAGGCGAAACAGAGAGGAAAGCACUCAGGUUUUGGCAAGAGGAAAGGGACAAGAGAAGCAAGGUUACCUUCAAAGCAAAAGUGGAUGGGGAAACUGAGAGUGCUGAGACGUUUACUAAAAAAGUACAGAGAAGUUGACAAGAUUGACAGACACAUGUAUCAUUAUAUGUAUAUCAAAGUGAAAGGCAAUGCUUUCAGGAACAAGCGUGUGCUUAUGGAGAGUAUUCACAAGUUAAAGGCUGAAAAGACUGCUAAGGAUAGAGCAGUUCUUGACCAAUUUGUAGCCUGGAAAGCCAAUAGCAAACAUAGUAAGAAUAAAAAGAAGAUUAUUUCUUCUGUGAGCAGAGAUUGAGCAUGGCAAUAUGUUGAAUAAAUUUCUUCCUAAUAGAGUAAGAGUUCUGUUAUUAUUA